AUGGUGGAUGUGAAGUGUCUGAAAGACUGCGAAUUGCAGAGCCACCUUGAGAAGCUUGGAUAUUCACCUGGCCCAAUACUACCUUCCACGAGAAAGUUGUAUGAGAAAAAGUUAGUGCAAUUGUUGGUCUCACCUCCCUGUGCACCACCUGUGACGAAUGGACCCAGAGAGCAGGAUGGACCUCAGGACUGUGAUGACAGCGAAGAGAUCAAUAUCAUGUUGAAAGGAAAUACCAUACUCUCAACAGAAAAAUGCAAGGAACUCAGAAACAGAGUCGAGUGUUCCACCACUAAACCAAAACCUGUAGAUAUCUACUGCCUGGAUUAUAAGCCUUCCGGGGCAAUAAGGUGUGCUGCAAGAGCACCAAGCAUCAGAAUCCAAGACGGGACUGUCAACGAAAAGAAAGACUACUGCGCGGUGGACCGGAGCGCGGGGAGCAGCAGAGAAGGCUUCCCAGUGGGCUUGAAGCUCGCCGUGCUUGGCAUCCUCAUCAUCGUGGUGUUUGUCUACAUAACGGUGGAAAAGAAGCCCCUGUUUGGUUAG